AAUGUUCUUUUCGAAUGGCAUUAUUGCCUCCACUGGCUUGUUGCAUCUCCUUAGCGUUGACUUGGAAAUCACAAGUAAAUGAGAGUCUUGCUUCAAGGUUCACUCAUUUCUUUUGAGCUAUCGUGAAGUUCAUUCAUGGCUGCUCUAAUCUUGGUCAGCCUCUUCUCUUUGGGAUUAUUUGUUCCAUUGAUAUCAUCAACAUCUGAUACUCUGAGUAAAGGUUCAUCUCUCUCCACAGAGAAACCAGAAGAUGUUUUAACUUCACCAAAUGGGGUCUUCUCUGCAGGCUUUUACCCCGUCGGCGACAACUCCUUCUGCUUUGCCAUAUGGUUUACCCAGCCAUAUUCCCAGAGUCCUCACCCCACCAUAGUUUGGAUGGCCAACCGUGACCAACCGGUAAACGGAAGGCGCUCAAAGCUCUCCCUCCUUAAAAAUGGUAAUCUUAUCCUAACCGACGCCGGUAAGUUCACCGUCUGGGCCUCAAACACUCUUUCAAGCUCUUCAGCACAAUUAUAUCUCUAUAACACCGGUAAUCUUGUUCUACGUACUUCGGAAGGUGAUAUUUUGUGGGAAAGCUUUGAUUUCCCCACAGAUACCCUUCUUCCCCAACAGCAACUCACCAGAAACACAAAGCUUGUCUCCUCCAGAAGCCAGAGCAACUAUUCCUCUGGUUUCUACAAGCUUCUUUUCGACUACGACAACCUUCUCCGCCUUCUCUACGACGGUCUUGAGAUUUCCAGUACUUAUUGGCCUGAUCCAUGGCUUGUGAGCUGGGAUGCCGGAAGGUCCACGUACAACAGCAGCAAAAUCGCAGCGAUUGAUUCAUUGGGGAUGUUUAUUUCGUCUGAUAAUUACACUUUCAUGUCAGCAGACUAUGGGGUUGUGCUUCAUAGAAGAUUGAAACUUGAACACGAUGGAAAUAUUCGACUCUACAGCUGGGAAGAGGAGGAGGAGACGUGGGUUGUUUCAUGGCAAGCCAUUCAGAAACCUUGCAGGAUUCAUGGCAUUUGUGGGGCUAACAGUAUGUGCAGCUAUGGUGCUGGUGAUGGUGGAAGGAAAUGCUCCUGCCUUCCAGGAUACAAGAUGAAAAAUCUUACAGAUUGGUCUUAUGGGUGUGAACCGGAAUUUGAUCUCUCUUGCAACAAAAAAGACUCUGGCUUUCUACUGCUAUCCUCUGUUGAAUUCUAUGGUUAUGAUUUUGGGUAUUUCCCAAAUUACACAUUCGGUGAAUGCAAGAAUUUGUGCUUGCAAUUGUGCGACUGCAAAGCUUUUCAAUUCAAAUUUGACGAGGGUAAAGGUUUUUCGAAAUGUUACCCCAAGACGGUAUUGCUGAAUGGAUAUCGUUCGCCGGAGUUCGAGGGAGACCUGUAUUUGAGAGUGCCGGAAAGCAAUCUCCUCUCCUACACCAACAAUUCUGCAGAGGACUUCCGCUUGGAUUGCUCGAGUGAAGGUACAGUGCAACUGGACAGAACGUACGGAAAAAGCAGAGGAAAUCGGACACUGAAAUUGUUGCUCUGGAUUGCAUAUGUAGUGGGAGGGCUUGAAAUCAUCUGUAUCUUUUUGGGGUUGUCUCUCUUGAGGCACUGGAGAAAGGGAAAAACACCAUGAUUUAGCUUGCUUUGGUCGUAGUGGCUUUAGAUCCACGGUGCUCUAUUACAUAUUUAUAGUGUAAUAGAGCAUGAUUGUGUAAUGUAUGAUGCAAAAAUAAAUAAGAAAAAUGUAAUCUGUUAAAUUAA